AUGCAAACGGGUAAAGUCUUACGUUAAAUGAUCAAGAAAUGCAACAGAAUUUAUUUCUUUGUUUUAUUCAGGUUUUGGUAUGUUGGAAUCUGGAUGUGUUUCUUUAAAAAAUGAAGUUAAUAUUAUGAUGAAAAACGUGGUUGACAUAGUGCUUGGUGGUUUAACUUAUUGGGCAUUUGGUUUCGCGAUGAGUUUUGGAACAAGCAAGUUUAAUAAUCCUUUUAUUGGUUUAGGAGAAUUUCUGAUAGAUCCUUCAGUAGAAGAUACACUUAUGGGUCCAAAAUGCGCUGCAUUUUUAUUCCAAUUAAGCUUUGCAACUACUUCAACCACCAUUGUAAGCGGUGCCAUGGCUGAGCGAUGUAAUUUCAAAGCAUAUUGUUUAUUUUCUUUUUUAAAUACAAUUGUCUACUGUGUACCAGCAGGAUGGUUAUGGGGUGAUCAGGGUUUUUUAAAAAAAAUGGGUGCUGUUGAUAUCGCUGGUUCUGGAGCAGUACAUCUUGUUGGUGGCAGUUCUGCACUUGCGUGUGCCAUUAUGUUGGGACCAAGAGUAGGCAGAUAUGACAAUGGAAUUGAUCCAUUGCCUCUUGGGUGUCCGGUCAAUGCUAUCAUGGGUUUAUUUACAUUUCUCAUUCACAGAUUUGGAUUGUCAGAUAUAUUAAUAAACAAUAAUUGUAUAAGGUGGGGCUGGUUAGCUUUUAACAGUGGUAGCACAUAUGGUAUCAGUGGACAACGAUGGCAGUAUGCUGCUAGAGCAGCAGUUUCUACUAUGUUAGCAAGUAUGGGAGGUGGUUUAAUUGGAUUAGGCUUCAGUCUAAAUGGUCCAGAUAGAAUUGACAUUCUAAGUCAAAUAAAUGGCAUUCUUGGUUCACUAGUGGCAAUUACAGGUGGCUGUUUCCUUUUCAGGGCAUGGGAGGCCAUAAUCGUUGGAAUGAUUGGUGCUUUUAUUACAUGUUUUUCCAUGCCCAUCUUGGAUAAAAUGCACAUUGAUGAUCCUGUUGGAGCUAGUGCAACACAUGGUCACGAUUUAUACAUUGAAAAACAUAAUCGUAAAAAUCGCUUGAAAUAUGGAAAACAACUUUUACUUGGGAAAAAGUUAUCAAAGAGUCCUAAGUUGAAUACUGUUACUGAUGCUGUAUUAAACGAUAAAAACAAACCGAAUUUCGCUUGGAUAGAUUAGUAUUUUCCAAUGUUUUCAACAUUGUAACGAUCGUAGAUUUAUUAGAAACAUAUAAAUGUAUUCACAUACACUUUAUAAUGUUUUCACACAACACUCAUAUAUAUAUAUAUAUAUAUA